AUGACAACGAUACACGAAGAGCAAGGAAUUAUGGACAUUGGCAAGCAUUGCAGUGUGUGUCAUCGUCUUGAUUUCCUUCCAUUUACAUGUCCCAAGUGCCACAUGUCCUUCUGCGGUGAGCAUCGGGCAGAUUUCAACAGUCAUAAAUGUAUAGUGGAGAUGAAUUUGAAGAAGAAUAGGAUUCCACCAGUGAAUACAAGGAACCUUCCGCCUGCAUCGUCACUCUUUCCAGAUUUGGACAAACUUAGAGAAAAGGCCAAUGAGAGGGCCAAGAGACAGAAUGGAGGAGAUCAUGUGUUGGGAAGUGAAGGGGGAAAUAAGUACAGGGACGACUCCACUAAUAGGGCUUUGAGUAGUGCGGAGCAUGCAUUAUCGAGGCUAAAGGUGCUUCUCGGCGGCAAAAAGGAAGCAGCAAAUAGAGGGGCUAAGCUAUCGAUACUUCACCGUUUUUCAUCCAAGUCUACGCUACAAAUAGUAGAGUUGGCGAAAUUGAAAAAGGCUGCCAAGGGGGAUCCCAAAGUGUCUUCUACACAACGUAUCUACAUAUGGUGCGUUUACGUGGAGGACUUCCAGAAGAGCAACAGCGUCAGCGAAAAGACGGAAUUAUGGGUGUCAAAAGCUUGGCCGAUUGGCCGGAUGUUGGACAGUUGUACGGAGCAGAUGAAGGUCAAAAACUUGAACAAUAGAGUGACUGACAAGUCACAAAGACUCACUGUUUUUAGGAAGAGAAGGCCAAACGAACGGGCUUCAAACGAUGCUGCCGGAAUCUCCGAUGCCGAGUUUGUUUAUCUUUCAACGGCUGGUCGUGUUUCCAAGGAGAUUCGGGACAAUGAUGUGAUAUAUCUUGUGAGAGGAGCUAAACGAGAGCUAAAAUAA